GCGACGCGAUUUAAUAUUAUAAUAUUUUAGCUUUAAUUUUAGUCAUUUGAUAGUAGAUUGUAUAAACGUAGCACUAGCAACAUUUUAUAUUUUGAGUGGAAGGUAACUGCUCCUUUGUUAAAAAAGGCCAGCCAUCUUGGAUAAAAUUUUGUGCUGUCAGUCGGUCCGCAGAAGCCUUCCAGAGCGAACGCACGCCCCUUUCUGUUUUUAUGUCUCGCUACCUACCGUGUACCUUGUAAAGUACUGCAAUAAAUCGACAUUCUGUUACCCAUCUGUGCCGAAUUUAUUUUAAACCAUCCGCCGAACCACUACCAAUCACAUUAGUGGUCAUUCGGCCGGAUCAUCAUGUUCAACUCGCCGCCACACCAGGGAGUUGUCACGCGUAAGGCAAGAGCGCGGCUAGAACAAGAACAAAGGGAUCGGCGGUCAGCGUGUCAGCAGAUGGACAUCCAGGGUGAUGACGCCGCAGAAGUUGGCCAGAAUGCUACGCAGCCGUCAUUUCAAACAGCAACCGGCGAAACUAUGCACCAGAAAGAAUUUCCGUGCACGGAGAAUAAAGUGGGUAGCAGCAUAAAAUCCGAGCCGUUACUGCACGAGCGCGUCUGCGCGCUGCCCACGAAGCCAGCUUAUUCCUGCGUCAGUAAAGGCUCUCAAAAAUCGCUAAAGUCAAAAAGCGCAAGAAUAAAGUUGCAGUUGGAAGCGGCAAAACAAAAGGCAAAAAUUCAGAUGGAGCUCAUAGACAAAACGCUGGAAGCGCAGCUAGCGGAACUCAGCGAUGAGGAGGAACUAGAGGAAUACAGUUCACAAUGCGAAGGAAAUGUCCCCCCUCAGAGCGACAUAGAGGAGUGGGUGAAGCAUCAGAGCAACCAUUUCGAACCACAAACGGAGCAGCAAGCCCCCGCGCAUGGCAUCAAAUCGGGUGAGCUGCAGCAGGCAGUACCUUCGUCGACGCCCGCGCGACAACACGUGUCAUUUAAUCCUCUACAAGGAAUGCACGCCGUCCCGCCCGCGCCCGCGUCAGUGCACGCGCCACCGGCAUCACAACCGCUACCGCAGCCUGACGACGACACCAUUACUGCGCUGCGUAAUACGGUUCAAGUGUUAGCUGGUGCAUUAAAGGAUCUAUCCACUUCUAACGUAAACAGCGGACCGGACGCCAGAUUACUCAGCCGACUCAGUACGCCGAAGGAUUUGCCAGAAUUCGCCGGCGACCCGAUGGAUUGGCUUUUAUUCAAGCAAGCCUACGACGAAUCCACCGAAAUGUGCAGAUUCACCGAUAAGGAGAACUUGUGGAGGCUGAGAAAAUGUUUGAAGGGCUCAGCACGGGAUGCGGUCGCCGCAUUAUUCAUCAGUGCCGCGUCGCCCGAUAAGGUUAUAUCGACGCUGGCACUACGCUUUGGAAAUCCAGAUUGCAUCGUGUCUCGAGUCUUACAAGAUGUCAAGAAACUACAUCCACUACAACCGGAUUAUCACAAAGAUAUUGUCCCAUUCGCAGUGAAAGUGCAAAAUUAUGUGGAAGCUGUGAGGGCCCUAGGACGUGAAGAGUACCUACAGGGAGUCAGUAUAGUGCCUAUGAUCUUGUGCAAACUUCCGCCAGUGCUCAUAUCAAAAUGGUCGGACUACAGUUAUAACUUGAUCGCCGAAGGAAAGAUACCAAGAUGUGCAAGUACACCGGGAACCGGAGUCGCCGCCGGCGCCGUCGUCAUCGUCACCGCCGCCGGCCACGGAGACAUUGACGCACGUAGUUGAAAAUGAUCGGAAAGUGUUGCUUAAAGUUGUUCCUAUCAGUGUUCGCGGACCUAAUGGUAUAGUGUGUACUACUGCACUUCUCGAUGAUGGUUCCACAGUGUCGUUAAUGAGU